UGACAGGCCGUGUCACCCUUCAGUCAACUAAACAGCUCCGAGGCGAUAGCAUCCAUUUAUCCAAAAUAUUUGUGUUUCCGUUUUUUUUUAUUUUGUUUUAAGGUUUUUUUUUUACAUUCAAAACCACACAAAAGGAUUUGCCUGGAACAUGAAGAGCAUAGUGGCUCAGACGGAAUGCCAGCUGCGGCCUCUCAAAGUGUCCGGCUUGGUUUCCGCGCUCAAGACGGCCCGUGGUGAUCACCCGGGCAAAAGCAGCGCCGUUUGCCAGCUGGUGGCGCAGAUGGUGGCCGGUCAGGUGAAGUCGCCAUGGACGCCGCACCUGACAUCGCUGAUCGAACGCCCGGACACGAACAACCGCCACCUGUGGCGGCCAUAUGUCAGCUACAGCAGUCGCUACGCCCGCAAGCUAUCCGUCCAGAUGGAGCGACGUGGCUCGAGCAUCAGCUUCCUGAGUGGUCAGAACUCGGGCUCGAUGUGCUGCGUGCUGCCGGUGAAGACGCGCCAUGCGCCCAAAACGCUGCAGGGACGAGAGUGGCCCAUUUGGCGCCAAUCCUCGAUGCGACCGCUGCUCCUGCCGUCGUCCAAUCUGUGGACGGGUGUGCUCAGCAAGCGUUUCUAUGUGCCACGCCUACGUCCCGUCGAGGAGGUGGAGGAGGUGGAACGCCAGGCAGUGCCGCAGCUGAGGAUCACCAAGGAGCAGAGCGAGGAGGAGGAGCAACAGCUCCAGCGGCGUAAAGAUGGCAGUCGCCUGCGCAGCGAGUGCUCGGAGAUUUAUCUGGCGGACCGGGAGCAGGACUACAACGAGCGGGAGCGGGAGAAUAGGCGCCAUCGACAGCCCUACGUACCCAGCGAACUGAUGACGCCCGAACUGGCCACCAAGUGGCAAACCACCAAUGCCACCGGUAGCGACAGGGAGCGCCAGCUGCUGGAUCUCGGGCAGCAGUUGAAGACGCGGCCAUCCGUUCGGAUGACGACGCACACCUGGAGCAGCGGCAAUCAGAGGAGACAACGCAGCCGUCGGUCCAGUCCCCAUCGGAAUCCGAUCGUCUCCGAGCUGGAAGGCUGGCGGCGAUUGUCCAAUCACCAGCCAGUGCCCGUCUUCCAGGGCGAGCCCGCCGAGCAGGAGCACCUGCGUCACGCCAGCCGCAAGACCAGCGCCAGGAGCAUGAUGCAGGAACAGGAGAGUUGCCAGAUGGUGUGGGCGGAAAGGAAGAGAUCACCGUGGCAGCGCACCGAGGUGACCGCCAGCAAAUCGGGUCGAAUGCCCAGCAUACGGGCGGCCAAGUCGGCGGUCAUGAUGGCGCAGGAGGCGCGUAACAAGCACCACAGGCUGAUCACCCAGGAGCUGGUGUACAGGCGCAGGCCCAGCACAGUGGACGCAGCGGAAGCAGAGGGCACAGAGGAUCAGGAUGCCCGCCAUCGUCCCACCGUUGGAGGGCAGAAGAUGUCCAAGGGAGCACCAGAGCGGGCAUUGCUCAAACAGCAUCUGGCCGAUCUGCUGCCCGUCUCCCAGCCGGAGGACUCCUUUCGGAUUGGCUACCAACCGAAUGCGCCCACCCGGCAGCUCCUCGAGCAGGGCAAGUGCUAUGUGUCGCUGCGCCGCGAGCAGUUCAUCCACCUGCAACCCGUGCGGCCCAAUUCCCUCAUCCAUGUGGCCGAUCUGGAGAUGCGGGAGUCGCCCCGUCAACCGGUGACCACGUUGCAUCGCAGGGAUGGCGCCAAACGACCGCGUCCCGUGGAGGUGGUGGUCAAGCCAUCUCUGCUCACGGUGAUCCGUCAGAAUGCCGCCACCUGGGAUCACAACGGAGGCAAAGUGGCCGCCAAGAGGUGCGAUCUCGUGGGUGUGCGUCCCAAGGAGCAGGCCUCUGUGCGGCACCUGGUGCGGAAGGCCUCGUCCGUGGAGGCCAUCGUCAAGGCCCAGGGCAAACACUCAUUCGAGCCGAAGAUCCAAACGUUGGCCAGUGACUACCAUCGAGCGGCGAGCCAGAGACUGCCCCAUGUGACCAGCAAGCUGGACAUCAGCAAGGCGGCAGAUCCCUUCAAGGAUCUCGACGAGCCGCGCAUCAAGGAGAAGGAGGUGGCCGCCAGCUGGAAGCAGGCGCAUGUGGCCGGUAACAACAGGUACGAGGCGUCCACCUCCUACCGCCGGCGUGCAUAUCCCGGCAAGAAGUGCACCACCAAAGACAUGACGGACUGCUACUUUCUGGCCAAGCGCAGCUCCUCCACGACGGUGAUCGCCACACAAGCGGCAUCCUCCAAGAAGGUGAAGCCACCCAAGCCGCCGGUGGUCAGUCCCAAGGUUCAGGUGCCCAGCGUGCUGCACAAGCAGAGGUACCACGACCUAUCCUAGGGUAUCCUAGAUCCUCUGCAUCAACCGUUUUUUGGACCACAAAACCCGGACAAUCGAUGGCAAAUCCACAUUCGAAGCGGAAUUCCAAAUUGAGCAGUGAACACUACAAAUAUACAACAUUAUAUAUACACACACACCUGGUGGAUCGAUGCUCCUCCCCGGAGAACUAUUUUCAAAUCGGAAAACUCGAAACUUGAAACUCAAACUCAAAACUCAAAACUCGAAACUCAAAACUCGAAACUCAAAACUCGAAACUCGAAACUCAAAACUCCAAUCCAAAACUAAACUAUCGCUUAAAUUGCAUCCUUCGAAAACGAACACGAAAACGAGCAGAAUCGAAAAUUCCAAAAAUCUGAGGGUACAACUGCUUCGAAAACGAUCGCUUUCAUCCAUUUUGGCAUAUUGAUAGUUAUUUAUAACUCUUUGUUUUUUUUUUAUAUAUAUAGACACUUUUUUUCGAUAAUAGGAGACAGCCGUUUCAAUGCCGUUUAAAUUGAGACAUUAGUGUUGCUAGAGCCAACAAAUUUGUAGUUGUUACAUACGUAUUGCCCAUUACAAAAAAGAACAAAAACAAAAUAAUAUGUUAACUCAAUACGCUGCAAAAUUAUGGACAGUGGUGACACUAUGUAAAAAUUAUUGAAUAAAAACGGAAACAAUGGAAUGUCUCGAA